AUGACGAACAUUACAGAUUCCUUUAAUAUAUUGAUCAUUAUCAUACCUUCGUUUUUGGGUCUGGUCAUUCUUUUAACAGUGAUUAUCUGCGUCACUAUAAGACUGAAGAAAACAAAGAAUAAAGAAAGGAUAACCUCAGAAGAACCAAAAGACGAUGUUGCAAUGAAAGCUGUUUUAACAAAUGAGAAAGAAGAACCGGAAGAAUAUGAUGUUUUGAGACAACAGAGACAAACAACUCAUAAUGAUCAAGAUCUCUAUGAUCAUGCAAAGGAACAGAGCAGUGGAAUCUAUGACGUCACAAUCAGGGACCAGUCAUUAUUACAUGAUAAAACGAUGACAGAUAAUAUGUAUGACAGUAGAAUGAAGACGGCCAUAAAACUUGAUAAUUGUGAUAUAGAUUUAUAUGACGAUCCAAAAAGGACAGGACAAGAUACGUAUGGCAUUCCGACAACACUUCAUAAUGUUACACAAAUCAGUGACAAUAGGUAUGGACACAUGAAAGAGAAUUAAAAGACGAUUAAAUAAAUAAGAUGUCCGGAUCCCCCCAAAAGAUACAGAAUUUCAUUUCAAAAUAAGUCAUUGAUGAUACCAAACUAACUGCAAAAUUAUUUAUAGUAUUCAUAAUGCACAAUGUACCUCCGGGCAGAGAUCACUCAGUGUCGUUUUAUUCUGCAAAAUAUACGUCCGGAUAUAUUGAAUUCUGAAAAAGAUUAUAUUAUUUUAACUCUUAAUUUCAGGUAUGUCACUCCUGACAUGGGUAUAUUAAUGAUAUUUUUGAGAAGUAUAGCAAUCUACUCAUACAGCAUCAAUCAAAAUCGCAAAGGAGCAGCAGUACAAUUAAUUUGACCUUUCUGCACUUAAAUUGUAACUUUAAGGUUAAUCCUUUAAACCUUCAUCUUUUCAACCAGAUGUUAUCAUGCCAAUAAGUAUAACAGUACUCUGUGCAAAAUAGUUUAGAUCAUUUUAUUAUUGAAAAAAUAGUGCAAAUUAAUGCGCAUAAAACGAGAACUUUCUGCAUUAAUAAAAAUAUCAUAUUUCGAGAAUCAAAACGGCAAUACAAAUAUUUUCUUACAUCAAGCUUUUCAUGAGCUUGUUGCUGAUCGAUUAGAAAUUACCGUGGAAUUUCCCCCCCCCCCAAAAAAAAAAAAUGAAAAGUUGGGCCCAGUUAUGUAAAUCAAUUGGGAUAAAUAGAGUCGACAUAUGAAUGGAUAUAACUAUUGUUAAUUAAUAAUACGUCAUCGAUAUAUCCAAAUGUCGAAUUGGGCAAUUGUGUUGAUUUUGAUUCCUUUCACCAUUAGAAAUAGUCCCCAAUAAAUUUUGUUUCUUAUUGACUUUGUAAGCAGAUUUUAUAUUGUAUAAUUUAUAUUGUAUCACUAUCAUUUUCAUUGUUUAAUUCAAAUUUGCAACGAAAACGAAAUGAUCAAUACUUUUGACAUAAGAUGACGAUUGACAUACCUUAAGGUCCCAUUUACUCUCUAUGAUUCAUCACAUACACAGUGAUAAGGAUUUUUUUUUCCUUCGGUAUUUUAUAGAGAAAUAGUUGCAUCAUGACAAGGUGCAACGUCAGGUGUGACCGGUCUCCAGGGGAUGCUCACUCCUCCAUGAAACCUGAUCCCACCUCUGUUUUCAGAGGUCCCUGUUUGCUUUGCUUACAAAUUGUAAUUGUGUAAAUGGACUUUUGAGCUUGAUUACCGUUCGUUAUCUUCAUUGAAAAAGAAAGAAAGAGCUUUUGACGAGACAGGCAACUCUCUUCUCAGUAAGAUUAAUUGCAAAAACAAGACAAAGAUGUUCGCUUCCUUUAUUUAAGUGAGUUUACCAGAUUCUGCAUUUGUUUUUUUUUUUUUUUUUUUUUACACCCUCUUGAUUUUCAUGUUGUAAUAUGUCAUUACUAUUAAAAUAAUUUGAAUAUUUUUAUAACUUUUG